AUGCAGCCAGUUGCAGAGAUACUUCUGAGAAAUGCCGGCCUGGCACUCGGCUACGAAAUGGCAUCAAGCUGCGCCCAGCUUCGCAGUAUGUGCAACAGAUCUGAUGCUGCCUUGCUCCGUCUCGUCUGUGGUGAGACGUGCGGCUGUGUGGAUCCUUUGGCCUCUCCCCGGUACAAGGUCACCGCGCAGGGCUGCAGUACCGCCUGCCUCCAUGAGGCCGACCUCCUGUCUGCCAACGUGAGAGGCAGGCAUUGGGAGGAGUUCUGGAGAGGGUAUGAAGAGGCAGUGUCUGGACACUACGGAGAUGAGGACUUUGUGACCGGCGCAACUUGGUGCGAAGGGAUGCCAGACUUGUUCAA